CCACAGGUUUGCAGGCAGACUCUCUUGGAGCUAAAUUCAGUGGAAGUAGCUACUGUCUGUGCGCCUUCAUCUAUGCUAACAUCCUAAAAUCCGGUUUCCGGUUCCUUCAGUUUACCUACGGCAGAAACGGCGCUCACACUGAACUGUCUCUAAUCCUCACAGCUGGUCCAAUCACAGAGCCCGCACCAGGCUGAAAACUAGUCAUCAUGGAGACAACAGUUGAUAAGCUCGAGGCGAUGUUCCUGAAAUCAGAGGCUGACCUGGAAUACAUUGAGAAACGGCUGAAGCUGGACUUUAUCAACAGAACUGCAGAGAAUGGAUGUUCGGCUGAGGAGAACCCGGCAUUGAUGCUGGAGAACCUGAGGGCCCUUAAGGCCAAACACACAGCGUUGUGCUUUCAGGUGAAGGAGAUCACAGUUGCACAGAAAGAAUCCAUGGACUCCAUCAAAAGCAACCUUGGCAAUGUCAUGAAGCUGAUCCAACAUUUCCAACAGACCACAGAUGUGAAGGUACUGACGGUGUCGGAGGAAGAGUCGGCAGAGAUCCUGGCUUCAGCUUUCAGUCAGACCACUACAGAAAAGUUCUGCGUGCCUUCACUUUUUAUCCAAAAUUCUCAGUGAAAAUGGAGCAAAACUGAGAACCACAUUUAAAAUUAAUUAAAAAAAAUAUAAAAAAGCGUUUCUUUGAGUUUUGACAGUGGUUGGCAAACCAGCUUCUCCUGAAAUUAUCCAAACAGAGUUUCUCCUUCCAGCCCCCUGGUAAAAUGUAUGUAGAAUGUCCAAGUAAGCUCAUGUGAGAAUACAGCAGUCACAAGAAUUCACAGCGAGCAAGUGGCCAUAACAUCCCAACACAUGACAGAUGCAAGACUGGAAAAUAAAUCCAAAAAGAAUAUGCAAAUGGAGAGCUGUUGGUGAUAUGCUGCAAAUAAAAACAGGUGAGAUACACACUCACCGGCCACUUUUUUUAUGUACACCUGUUCAAUUGCUUGUUAACACAAAUAGCUAAGCAGCCAAUCAUAUCGCAGCGACUCAAUGCAUUUAAGAAUCUAGACGUGGUGAAGACGACUUGCUGAAGUUCAAACCGAGCAUCAGAAUGGGGAAGAAAGGGGAUUUAAGUUACCUUGAACGUGGCAUGGUUGUUGGUGCCAGACGGGCUGGUCUGAGUAUUUCAAAAUCUGCUGGGAUUUUCACACACAACCAUCUCUAGGGUUUACAGAGAAUAGUCAGAAAAAGAGAAAAUAUCCAGUGAACGACAGCUGUGACGAAACUGCCUUGUUGAUGUCAGAGGAGAAUGGGCAGUGUGGUUCGAGAUGAUAGAAAGGCAACAGUAACUCAAAUAACCACUCGUUACAACCAAGGUAUGCAGAAUACCAUCUCUGAACACACAACACGUGAAUCCUUGAAGCAGAUGGGCUACAGCAGCAGAAGACCACACCGGGUGCCACUCCUGUCAGCUAACAGGAAACUGAGGCUACAAUUCGCACAGGCUCACCAAAAUUGGACAAUAGAAGAUUGGAAAAACGUUGCCUGGUCUGAUGAGUCUCGAUUUCAGCUGCGACAUUCAGAUAGUAGGGUCAGAAUUUGGCAUUAACAACAUGAAAGCAUGGAUCCCUCCUGCCUUGUGUCAACGGUUCAGGCUGGUGGUAGUGGUGUAAUGGUGUGGGGGAUAUUUCUUGGCACACUUUGGGCCCCUUAGUACCAAUUGAGCAUUGUUUAAAUGCCAUGGGCUAUCUGAGUAUUGUUGCUGACCAUGUCCAUCCCUUUAUGACCACAGUGUACCCAUUUUCUGAUGGCUACUUCCAGCAGGAUAAUGCACCAUGACACAAAGCUCAUAUCAUGAAUCUUGAACAUCACAAUGAGUUCCCUAUAAUCCAAUGGCCUCCACAGUCACCAGAUCUCAAUCCAAUAGAGCACCUUUGGGAUGUGGGGGAAUGGGAAAUUCGCAUCAUGGAUGUGCAGCCAACAAAUCUGCAGCAACUGUGUGAUGCUAUCAUGUCAAUAUGGACCAAUUUUUUGUGAUUUUGUGAUAUCUAGUGUUGAAGUUGCAUGUUGCAGCUGAACACUCAUCUCACCCUCCUCUUCCAAACAUGAAAAAUAACCUCUGGUAGCCUUUAGUUGUCAGAAAAACCCAAAAGGUGUUUAGUUUGUCCAGUCUGGACUAAUGUAAAAAACAUGGCGGCCUUCAUAGAGAGUGUCCCCUCGAUUUUAAUAUAAAGUAUUUGAAUAUAAAGGGCCUUUUCUGGGGUAAAGAAAAAUACGAUUCAUACGAUUUAGAUGAAAAAAACAUGAGGAUUAUUCUACAUUAAAUUACUGCCAAUAGUUCCCUUUCACCAAAAUCUUACACACUGGACCUUUAAGGCAGUUCUGAAGGCAAAAGGUGGUCCAACCUAGUACUAGCAAGGUGUAUCUAAUAAAGUGGCCGGUGAGUGUAUAUUGAAAGCUUCCAACACUUAAUUAGAGGAAUUGCAUACAGGGCUACAGACUGUGACCAUUUAGUCACAUUCUGCAACUUUUUGGGAGACUGUGACCCAAAUUUUAUAACUAGUAGCACCACGAGGACUGUGUGUGCACGCUGGGAGCGAGGACACACAAACCCAACUCAGAAAAUGUUGGAACAGUAUGGAAAAUGCAAAUAAAAAGACAGCAGUGAUUUCUAAA